UCGAUCCUCUUCUACAGUGCACACGUGAACAACGUUUAGAUUUUCCAUCAUUAGCUUAUUUUUGAAAAUUUUUCAAAAUGACGUGCCUGAAUGCACUUUUCCAUUCAUAGAACGUAUUUCGCAUCCAGGCAAUUGUUUCAGUUAUAAUACGUAUAAAACAUACGUUAUUAAUUUUCGAACGUCUGUUACAAGUAUGGAUAGGUCAUCAAACAGGCAAUGGAAACAUCCUAUCAGGUUCUCACUUGAAGGUUACUCCAUAAACGUAAUAAGCAACGCGCGUUUAUUUUAUUUUAAAAAAAUCACCCACGCCAAAUUGUCGUUCAUUAAUAAAGAAAGCAGGUAUGCAGGCAACAGCAGCGUCCGCGCUUUGUUUUUUUGUGACCGGUGGUCAUCGAUGACGCCGAAACAUUUUUUAAUGCGCGUCAUUUUAUCGUAAACACCUUUUGUUUGCCUGAAUCAGAGAAUAUUUGUAUAUGAACAAACGUCUAGAUCUGGAGAUGUAUUUUCUUCUGUUAGAUUUAUAAUCAACUGAGUUGAAAAUACCUCUUCCAUAUAUUUUAUCAACAAGUUCCAGCCGAGUGAAACCAUUGAAUGUAAUAAAUGGCAACAAGUAACGCCGGCUGCAAUGUAUGGUGUGGAAAUUCAGUUAAAAUGUGUUUAUCUAAGGAAAAGGCGUUUAGAAGUGGAGCUCAGCUUUCCUUACCGGGAUGUCCAGAUUAAAAGGAACAUCGACCCAAAGGAUGAGUACACGUUAGAGGAAGAAAUUGGAAGGGGUAAAUUUGGGACAGUCUACAGAUGUACGGAAAAAGCGUCCGGACUAUCGUUGGCAGCAAAAUACGUGUCCUGUCCGAAAAAAGAGGACAGAAGAAAUGUGGAACGAGAAAUAGACAUUAUGCGAAUGCUUCAACAUCCCAGACUGAUUCAAGUCUAUGACGCCUUCGAAAAUGGGAAAGUCAUGUGGGUAAUACUGGAAUUAAUUGAAGGAGGGGAACUAUUUGAAAGGGUGAUAGAUGACGAUUUUAUAUUAACGGAAAAGGCAUGUACAGUUUUUAUGCGACAAAUCUGCGAAGGCAUCGACUUUAUACACAAACAAAGAAUACUGCAUCUCGACAUGAAGCCGGAGAAUAUUCUGUGCCUGACAAAAACUGGCAACAGGAUUAAAAUCAUCGACUUUGGUCUGGCGCGUAAAUUCGAUCCAGACAAGAAACUGCAGGUUUUAUUCGGAACACCGGAGUUUGUGGCUCCGGAAGUGGUCAACUUUGACGCCAUAGGAUUUGGAACCGAUAUGUGGUCCAUUGGAGUUAUAUGCUAUGUUUUAUUAUCGGGUUUAUCGCCCUUCAUGGGACACACGGACGUUGAAACCAUGGCAAAUGUCACCAUUUCCAAAUACGACUUCGACGAUGAAGCGUUCCAGAGCAUAUCCGAAAACGCCAAAGACUUUAUCAGGAAAUUGUUGAUCAAAGAUUUGAACCAAAGAAUGACAGCGGAAGAAUGCUUGCAACAUGAGUGGCUGAAAAAGAAAACAAGGCAACCACUUCAGCGAAUUAGUUCGAUGGAUGUGACCAAGGACAAUUUGCGUCAAUUUGUGGAACGGUGGAAUGAGCACCCGAAUUCUCCAUAUAUAUUCGAGGUAACGAACGGUAUUGAACCAGAUUCGGAAGCUGGAAGUGGUAGUUUAAGCGAAUCGUCUCAUUCAUUGGUCGGAGAUUCACCAUCGCCCUGUGGCAGCCUAGCAUCCAGUCCGGAGAACGAUUGCAUUUUCCUAAGCAAUAAUAUAGACAAUAGCAAUAAUGACUUAUUCAUGCCUCCAAAGGCAUUACUGGUGCCAAGCGACCAUUUGAGGCGAGCCUCGGAUUCCUCAUGUUUCGUAAAAAAUCAAGACAUCACUGAAAGGAUAAAUCUAGCGGAAGAAAUCCGGAAACUGUCUGAUAAACUCUUUAGACUGUCGAAUAUUGAGACAAGUUUAACCAACAGUUUCCCUUCAUCGAAUGAUGAAAAAUCCAGUAAAAAGACUGACGAUAUAAGUUGUGAUGACUAUGCAGCUGAACCAAUCUCACCAUUGCCCAAAGAUCACCCUCAAAGUCCUGCAUGUAACAUACCGUGGCGGAAAACGAAGAACAAGAUCAACCCCAAUACUAGCAGAGAUGUUCCUAUGAGUUGCCGAAAUAUUUACAAAAAGCUCGAUGAAGAGAAGCUGUUGAGUUCGUAUAAAGAACGCAGCAAUCCUACAGACGCGAACGGUACCAAAGAUCUACUUUUGCGGUUAUUGCAAAACUGGGACGGACCGAAAAACUCAUCUAGCCGACCUAGUACAAGGCACGGUUCAGUUUCCGAAUGGACUGAAGACGAUGCUCUGGGACAAAGAACCAUUAGCUCAUUGAAUAACUUCUUCCAAAGCAGAGCGACCAAUAAAAAAAUUACCCCGUUUCAUUUCAACAAGUCUUAAUUCUUCAAAAACUUUUUUUGGGAUGAUUGAUUACUUGGAAUGUUUCACCCAGUAUGGUCGUUAUCGAAAUGUGCAUUGGACGAAUGGAGGAUGAGCAGCAAAAUGGAAUUUGACGAACUGGCAAGCCCAACUUUAAUGAGAGAUUAUUUUUUCUUAAGCUUUUCCUUAUUCAACGUGUGGGCUGAGUACGGAAGUCAAAACGAACAAUUUGAGUGUGUGCCUCGAAUUGACUACACUGUCGACGGCCAGAGAUGUUACUCUAAGUUUAAAUCAUAAGCAAUUCGAAGUUGUGAAGUGUGAAAACCUCAUUAGUGCACGAAAUUUUUCUUCAAUGCACCAUCUGGCAAAUAUUUCUGUACAAGUAGAAUUUUCUAAACUUUUUAAGAAAUAAUUUCUUUAGUGUAUUUUAUAUUUAUGUCGCUGUGUACCAUCCAAAGGGGCCAUAUAGUGUCAACUUGUCUCUCGUUUAUGUUCACUUCAAUAAAAUUACUUAUUAACCAAC